AUAGUGACAGUCACUGUAGCGACAUAAAAGCUCCUGAUUAGAUCAAACUGCAACAUGAUUUACGUGAAGUGCACGACUAAAUAAAUCGUACUGUAUAAGAAGACUAAAAUGAGAUUUGAGACUGGAAUCCUGCAUCUAUCAUCAAGACGUAUAAUUUUUUUAAAAAACAUUAUUUACCUCAUAAAGCUACAUCAGCUUGUUAGUUGUUAACUUGUUAUUAUACAGUUGUUAUGAACGAGCAAGAAAACAGUUGGCAAUGCGGAAGCAAGGGAUUCCCCUUCGUAUGUAGAGGGGAUCUGGCGGGAUCAACGGAUGUGGGUUAAUGUGAGUAUGGCAACUUGGUUUGUCUUUGUGUGAGUUGGGAACCCGUGUAUAGCUAGGCGUCUUUGAGCUAGAUCUGUACUAGUUUCUGCUCGUUUGGACCCAAUUUAUCUAUUUGAAGCGACACUGAAUUUUUGUAUAGUGAAAAAAAAAGUUGAUUGAUGAACGUUUCUGAAAGAAACAUCUCAAAACGACAAUAAGGCCCCUAGGCCGUGAUUAGACUUGCAGAUAUCAAAGGGCAUACCAAAAUAUUACAUUAUGCCUACCAAAUGCUGUUGUUGUAGUGUGCGUUCGGCCUCCAUUGUUGUGGGAACUUUAUCUGUUGUUGUUGCCCUUACUUUUAUGGGUCUUUCUGCUGGAUUUAGUAGCGGAAUAAAAAUCUCAUGUGAACUUUCCUGUACGGAUUCAGGCUGUUCCCGUAAAUGUAAUCCUCCUAGUGAAGCAGUAAAAAUGGUGUCCAAUCUUCUAGCUAUUCUGGCUAUAAUGAAUGCUGUGGAAGUAGUGAUGAGUGUUGGCUUGAUUUGGGGUGCCUGUAAAGUAAUAUAA